AUGACGCCAGAUCGCCGUCAAGGGGUCCUUCGGGAUUUAGAUUUAGCAGACAAGAGCAGAGCGAGGAUCACAUUAGAGUACCUGGUGGCGACGCGCGACCUCAAGGCGGGGGAGCUGCUGCUGAAGGAGCAGCCGGUGGCGGUGGGCCCCCGCGCCGGAGGCGGCCGCUCGCCGCUGUGCCUGGGCUGCUGGAGGCGGCUGCCCGCGCCGCCCCCCACCUGCUCCCGGUGCUCGGCCGCGCCGCUCUGCCCCGGCGGCUCCUGCCACCACGAUGACUCCGAGCUGCCGCUGCGCUGCCUGCUGCUGGCGGCCGCCCUGCCAGACAACUGGCGCCAGCUGCUGCAGCUCGAGGCGCACGCCGAGCGGCGCGGGCCCGGCACCGCCGUCUGGAGCCACAACGACGCCACCGUCGUGCAGCCGCUGAAGGAGGCGGGCCUGCUGCGCGAGAGCGAGGAGACGUGCCAGCGCGUGUGCGGCGUGCUGGACGUGAACAGCUUCGAGGUUCGCGCGCCCCACGGCGGCCACGACCAGCUGCGCGCCGUGUACGCGCGCGCCGCGCUCAUGGCGCACGACUGCGUCGCCAACACGCACCUCGCCGUCGACGACAACUUCGUCAUGACGGUGCACGCCGCGCUGCCCAUCCCCAAGGGCGCCGCUGUGUGCUUCAACUACACCAACGUCCUGCAGGGCACGGCGGAGCGGCGCGAGCACCUGCUGGAGGGCAAGUACUUCGAGUGCGGCUGCGCGCGCUGCCGAGACCCCACCGAACUGGGCACCCACCUCAGCUCGCUGCGCUGCCCCCGCUGCCGGAAGGGACUCGUCUGCGCCCUGCAGGACCAGCCGAACGUGUGGCGCUGCUGCGACUGCGGGCGGUCGUUCUGCGGCGGCAUGGCUCGCUGCGCUCUGUGGUGCGCGCGCGACGCCGUGGAGGCGGCGCUGGAGGCGGCGGAGGCGGAGGACGAGAGCGGCGGCGCGCGACUGCUCGCCCGCCAGGUGCAGCUGUGCCGCGGGCUGCUGCCGCUGCUCGCCGUCGUCGAGCCCGGCAUCUCCAGGCUCAGGGGAAUCGCACUGUACGAGCUGCAAGGACCUCUGGCGGAACUGGCUCGGCGCGAGCACGCAGCCGGGGAGUUGACCCUGCAGCAGCUGGUGGAGCGGCUGGAGGAGGCGGAGGGCGCGCUCAAGGAUGCACUGGCGGCGCUGCUGUUUGAGCCCGCCCUCUCCCCAGAGGGCCGGCUGGCGCGCGCCGCCAUGCUAGAGCUGCGCGACUUGCGCGAAGAGAUCCACGACCUGAGGAGGGAGGCGCAGCCGCAGCCGAAACACCCGCAGCGCAAGGACAGGCGCCGCCACAAGUAGCUGCCGCUCAAUGGGCAGCAUCUGGCUGCGGACCGCCUUCAUACUGAUAAGUUUUUGCGGGGAGACUUUGUUGCUUAAAUUAGGUGAAUGCCAACUCCACUAGCAAACUUGCAGAUUCUUGCCAAAUUAUAAGAGUGUACCAGAGGGGAGGGUUCAGUUCUCUAUAUUAGUCUUUCAGAUAAGCCUCCCAUAGGAGAAUUUUAAGAGGUAACUGAAAGAGCAGUGCAGAGAUACUUGCAGAUUAGAGCCUCUAGAUGAGCUUGGCAUAUUUGGAUUGUUCAUAUGUCCCCAAAAAGGCCAAGGUACAAGGUCGAAUCUCCACCUGAAACUCAGUUUUAUUCCACAGCAAAAUUUCAUUCCAGCAAAUAAUCCACUUCAGAGUGGAAAAUUCGUUAUGACAACUUGUGACAUGUAGUGUCAAUGGUGGUGUUGACACAUUGGACCAUACUCCUCAAGGCACUAAUUAUAGUGGAGAUUCAACUUGAUCUGCAACUGCCAACAGCUGCCCACAACUCAUGCAGACUGGUCAGAGCUGGAUCCGACAGGCUCACAUAUCGCUUGAUGGAGCCAAUAUCGUGCUCAACAGGAUUCAGCCUAGAUGAUCCGAGGGGGGCCGCACAAACACCCUCAUGGCUGUGGAGUGUUUCUGAAACCCUUCUGAUACAGUUUGGGAAUGAAGAGGAGAUCAAUUAUCUUGCUGAAGAUAAUAUCUCAUGCCAGAUUAAGAAUAUAAAGAAAAAGAUGCAUGUAACCUGACAGUAUGGUACGCUGAUGAGACGUUGGCAAACAUUGAAUGUGGCCCAUAAAUUACCUGACCUCUGUUAUCAAGAAAUUGAUGUCUAAAGUAGUCGAUUCUAGUGGCCACAGUUUUCCUUCAUUCAACGAUCACAAGAUACAUUCUUGACAAAGUAAUGGGUGAAAAGACAGUGCUUGCAUAACUUUGUAGAUGGAAUAUUCCAGGCCAUUUGCAUUUAGCGUUGUAUGAGUGUCAUUUAUUGAUGGAGGCAGGGAAUGGAGGCUGACAGUGAAAAUUUGUGCAUCUGAUGAUGACUGAAAUAGGCUGCUCCUUCCCCUUUUACUUCUGAUGCCUUUUCUGUGGGGUAGAUCAUAAUCGCCAGAAUGCAGUACAUAUGUAUUCUAUACACGCAAUUUGACAUUUACUGCAAAAAAUGGUUCAAAUGGCUCUGAGCACUAUGCGACUUAACUUCUGAGGUCAUCAGUCGCCUAGAACUUAGAACUAAUUAAACCUAACUAACCUAAGGACAUCACACACAUCCAUGCCCGAGGCAGGAUUCGAACCUGCGACCGUAACGGUCGCUCGGUUCCAGACUGUAGCGCCUAGAGCCGCACGGCCACACCGGCCGGCCAUUUACUGCAAAGAUGUUACGAACAGAAGAAAUGGUGGACGAUUAGAGUUCAACUGUAGCAGAGCUAUUAGAGUAUGGGGACGAAGACCUCCAUCGUUCUUCUUAAGUAAACAAACUGGUCAGUUGCCCUAGCUUUCUUAUGUAGACAAACCGCUCACUUGCCCCCAGUUUUGUUUAUUUAGGUCUUACUUAAUGGGUAAUAACUGUCAUUAUAAGUACUGUCAUAAAUAUUACAAUUGUCAUAAUUUGUAGCCAACAUGACAUCUCAGUAGUGUACUUGUUCUCAUGCUUACCCAAGUAUCUGAAUGUUUUUAGCCCAGAGUUAUAACUGUCAUCAUAAAGAUGGUAAUGCAUGAUUUAAAAAUGGCAUCUCUCUUCCUCCACUUAUGCAGUGUGCUCCUAUUGGUCCAGCACCCCCCGCUGCCGCCCUUAGUGUCCCCAGAACUCUGAGAGGGGGCUUGGCAUUCUUGGUCUGUACAUUGCUGAAGAAACAGCACCACCAUGAAGCUUCAGAGAUCGUCCUCCGUCUCCAAGUGGAAUAAAUGGAAGAAAAAUGUUUCAUUCAAAUGUAAUUAUUAAUUCUUCCAGCUCUCUCUCUCUCAUUAUUACAUUAUUAUUAUUGUUAUUACUAUUUGUCAUUUGGUAAUAUUUUAGUAAUUUUUUUUCCUGUGUUGGAGUAGACUCCCAAUGAUAAUACACUCGACAAGCCCGGCUUAUGGCAGCCAUUCGAUUUUACACAGCACUUACGACAUUUGUCGAGCUUCAGGGUUCCACCACCUGUUUCAUUCAACUUCGAGGCUCCAGCGCAGCGGCAACGACAGCAGCACUAAUAGCAGCAGUGGUCUGCAAGCAACACAUUGUAGGGCGAUAUAAGAGAACAUCUUCUCUGACCAUGUUUUAAUUAACACCAUCAUUGAUGUAGGCAUCACCACCUGUGCAGUUACAAUGGCACACCUCACAUAUUAGAGUGUUUCUACUUGGAGUUAUGUGUAGUCUAAUUGUGAGUGGCAGUAAACAUGUAGUUGCACACGUCCUCUGGUAAUGAGUUCAGUACUCUAACCGUGCUCCAAAAUCCUCAAUUUAGCGGUAACACUCCUCACAUAUUAAAGUGUUUCUACUCGCAGUUAUGUGUAGUCUAUGUGAGUGGCAGUAAACAUGCAGUUGUUCACGUCCCUUGGUCAUGAGUUCAGUACUCUAACAGUGUUCCAAAAUCCUCAAUUUAGCGGUUAGAAUGUUAGGCCUUCAUCAAAUAAGUGGUGGUAAUUUGUGAGAAUUUCUCACUGGCAGUUUCUCUGUUCAAUAAUCAAACUGCAUUCCCUGUCUUAUUGGGCUGUCACACAGUGUUUGUCAGUGACUAUCCAAAAGCAAUUAAAAUUUAAGAUGAUGAGGAUAGGUUAGAGUACACUCAUUUACAGCAGGUAACAUUCAGAAACUCGGUGUGUGUUGGUUCUGCCAUCCAGUGUUCAAUGAAUGAUCGUGUCUGGUGCUGAGAUUAUGUGUACAGAUUUUUUUAGCAAUGUUUGAUAUGCACUUUCAAAGCAGACUAAUGAGAACACUUCUAGGAUAUGUUCACAAAAAACUUUGAUACGUGUUGUGAUACUGUAUGCAGCAUAUAUGGUGCAUCACUGCUACCUGAUGUGGGCAAAGAAUGUGUCAAUGCUUACUUAUCUUCACUUUCUCCACAAAGUUAUCUGAAAUGAAAAGAGAAAAUAAUUGACCUGUACUUUAUUUCAAGUAAAUAUGCAGUGCCUUUGUAUCUCAACCAAUAGCUUACUUGCACUAAGACAAAUAAAUGGGUGCCUCCAUUACCAACUGACUCUAAGCUCCGUAACAGCUAUGCACUUUUAUGAGCAUUUUGACUGCCCAGUAAAUAGGAUACAUUUUUGUAGAUAAAAAGAUCGAGAGAAAAUUACAUAUAUUUGAUGAUUUCUACUUUAUUCGAUAGAUAUACAGUAAUUCUUUUGUAAAGAGAUACAUAACGUCGACUAUAAAUUACUAAGAUAUAUUUUGUUUUA